CCAUCCGAUCACAACAGUUCUUUGGAUAUCAGUUAUCAGUACCAGAUAUUUCCCGACGAAGUGUUGGGUUCGGGACAGUUCGGUAUAGUCUAUGGCGGAGUGCACAAGACAUCCGGCCGUUCCGUAGCCAUUAAAGUGAUAGACAAACUCAGGUUUCCGACCAAACAAGAGGCGCAGUUGAAGAAUGAGGUGCAGAUCCUGCAAGAGAUCCAUUACCCGGGAGUCGUUAAUUUGGAGAACAUGUUUGAAACGCCCGAAAGAAUAUUAGUGGUGAUGGAGAAGAUGAAGGGCGAUAUGUUGGAGAUGAUACUCAACAGCAAACCCGGCCGACUCUCUGAGCGCGUCACCAAAUUUCUUAUAUAUCAAAUAUUACACGCGUUAAGAUAUCUUCACUCGAGAAACAUAUGUCACUGCGAUCUCAAACCAGAAAAUGUUUUGCUUUCGUCGGACUCGGAUUUUCCUCAAGUUAAAUUAUGUGAUUUCGGAUUCGCGAGACUUAUCGGCGAAAAAUCUUUCCGUCGAAGUGUUGUCGAUAAUUGUAUAAUAAAUGUGUUGUUUGGCCGCAAAACAGGAACCCCCGCCUAUUUAGCGCCUGAAGUAUUACGUAAUAAGGGAUACAACAGAUCUUUAGAUAUGUGGUCCGUCGGUGUAAUCAUUUACGUGAGUCUUAGCGGAACCUUUCCUUUCAAUGAAGAAGAAGACAUAUCGGAUCAGAUAACGAACGCUGCCUUCAUGUUUCCACCCGAUCCCUGGAAUCAGAUCUCUCCAGACUCUGUCGAUCUCAUCAGUAAUUUAUUACAAGUAAAG